AUGAUUCAGCUUGGGUCCAAACAAAUUGCAUUGCGCAGCCUUGUACGUUUAUUCACAAGUCAUGCACGGAUUGGCCAAGCAGUAUGGGAUGGACGGGCUGCCCCUCAGGGGGUCCAACAAAGGAAGCUACCGCCACGCAUGGCCAUGGAAAAUAUUGGUAAAAAUAAACUGCUUUAUUUAAUGAAGAACAUGCAACUGGUGAAUCUAUGUGAGAAGGAAAUCCUCAACACCAUUUCAACUUUGCUCAGCAAGUACACGAAUGAAAUGACGGCAUGUGAGAUGGGCUUUGUUGUACACACGUUAUGUAAGCUAAAGUUCGUUAAGUAUUCUUUGUGUACAAGAAUUGUGAAAUCACUUAUGAGUAGGAAGCCCGUCUUCAAUGACAUGAGGACGUUGACGCAGUUACUCAUAGAUCUACACAAAAUGGGUUCGCUCGACUUUAACGUCUUAACAUUCCUCACGCAGCAUUAUGUUAAAAAUUCUCUUCGUACCUUUUGUCUUUUUGACCUGUCCAUGAUUUUAUACGUUUACAACAAGCACAGUUACAAUGAUGGGGAAACGGUUCGCGAGAUUUGUGGCGUCAUCGAGGCCUUUUUCAUGCCAAUAGUGGGCCAGGACAAAGGCGUGCUGACCACCAUCCUGCUGAGCCUCUCCAUGCUACAGCUGAACCGGGACCUCUACAUGAACCUGCUUCACCAGCAUGUUCAUAAAAGAUACAACCAAUUUGAAGCCAAGUAUCUUUGUAAUAUUGUUUACUCCGUGGCUCUGUGGCUGGUUGGGGAUUGCGAGAAGGUCGAUUUGUUACAAGGGGAGUCCAACCACCUGCUACGUGACCCCUCGACUCAUGUCCUACAGGAGGUACUGCGAGAGGUUACGUCUCUGCUGUUGCAAAAUUUGAACGUGUUGAAGAAUGAAGAACUGAAGCAGGUCCACAUAGUGCUGUACCUCCUAAGGGAACUUGGGGGGGACUACGAACAAGCCAUAAACACAAUAGAAAAAAAAAAAAUAAAAAACACAUUAACAGUGUCCAAGAUGCAAAAGCAGCUUGAGAAGCUGCUCAAAGAAAUGGGUCUUAAGUCGGACCGCGAAUUUCCUGUGGGACCCUACGUCCUGGACUUUGUUUUUCACAAAAAGCGGACCUGUAUCGAAGUCAAUGGGUUCACGCACUACUACACCUUCGGCGGGGAACUGAACGCGAAGAGUAGGUUGAAGUACUACAUCCUCCGUAGGCUCAACUGGAAGGUCCUCACGGUGGAGUACACAAGCUGGAAAAACAAGUCCAAGGAGGAUAAGAUGAAGUACCUGGAGGAGAACGUCCUGAGCAGGAUAGGCUGA